UUCUUCCCUUAUUUCCAAGUCGCGGCCAAGGAGUCUCACCGCCGUUGCUCAUCUGUUGCUUCGUCGAGAAAACAAAGAUGCCCAAACCAAAAGCUCCUAAGGAACGUAUCAAUUUCACGCCGAAGAUGGAAACUGCCAUUGCUGAACAGCUUCUGAACAUGCAUAGGAAUGGGGAAAUAUCAUCACAGACCAUCGGGAGCCACGUUGUCCCUCAGAUUACUAGGAUGCUCGCUGAGACUUUCGGGGUUUCAUUCCCCCGCGAUACUAUUCGGUCGAAGUACUAUGCGCUUCAGAACUUAACUAGGCUUUACAUUUCGUUCAAGAAGCGUGGCACUGGUAUGGGCUGGGACUCAACCAACUUCACCUUCAUGAUGGAUGAUGAGCGAUGGAGUCAUCUACUUCAGGUCAACCAGGGAUACAAUAGAUUUAGGAACCGGUGUUGUCUGGUCUUCCAUUUGCUUGAAGAAGUCUUCAUGAAUCAGGGGGCUACUGGGGAUUUUAGCGCCGGCUUUGGAGUAUCGCCCCUGAAUUCGGCCGAUGAAUUGGAAAUGGAACACGCUGCGAACAGAGGUAAGGGCAAGGGGGUUGUGGAUGUCGAUUCAUCAGAUGGAGGAGAUGCCGUUCCUGUGACUCGGAAAGGGAAAGAGAAGGUUAAGAAGGGCAAAGGAAAGCGCAAAUCGGGGGACAUGUCAACUGAGUCAUUCUUCCAACCGUCCUCCCCCCAAUUCCAGAAAUACGUUCGGGUUUUAGACAGCAUCGAGACACGAUUGAGCGGUAAAGGGAGCUCUGGGAUCUCCGGUUCGGUCUCUUCUCCUGCUAAGAGCCAAAAGGCUCCAGUUGAUGAAGACGAGGAGCUGGUGGCUGCUUUGGCCACUUUGAGCAGUCUGAAUUUGGACCGAAGUGUGCGCUUCCAGAUGGCUGAUCUGCUAAGGAAUCGGCAUGAGCGUCUCAUUUGGUUCUUAUGCGCGGACGACGAGGACCGCCUUGCCUUUGUCAGACAUCGAGGCUUCCUCCCCCCCCUUAGCAUCUCGUUCAAUCCAGCCCAAAACUAUUGCAGCAGCCUUCGUCUUAGUUUUUCCCAUGGCUUAAAUGGAUUUGAUCUAUUCGUUUGGAUUUAUGUACUUGGAGUUGACAUUGGCCUGUGUUAUUCAUUUCUUUACUGUACCGUGGACCCAAUUUAGUUUUUUUUUUUUUCUUGUGAGAUGAAGUUGAGGUUACAAAAAUUUCGGAUAAUUUAUUUGGUUGCGUUUAUAAAUGUUGGUUGAAUUGUUUACUAUAUAUUAUUUGUUGGGAAUGGUGCAAGGAUUUU